UUUUGAAACAGAAAUAUGCCCACAGUCCGCGGCCCACGAAAAGCCCGCUUUUCUUCCUUUUGUUUCGACAGUUCCAGGUCAAAGCAACGUGAAUAAAUGUGGGAAUUUUGAACGAUGCAAACCCAAAGAUAUCCUCGGCUUUACUCUCGAUGGGUCUGAGAGGAGGAAGCAAAGGGAAAAAACUCGGCAACGAUGCCUUCUUCUGCAGGUCUGCUCGAUAUUAUUUCUGGAUUCCCAUGGCGAUUCUCUUCUCUGGUUUCAUAUACGUCAUGAACGAGCUCAGAACAAAUGGGCCUUGCAAGAUCAAUUCAUAUUCUUCUGUGAUGAGAUAUGGGCAACCGGAAAAUGUGUGGACGGGAGAUCUGAGAACACUCGAUGUAGCCUGGAAUGGACUCUGCUUUGGAUCGCCCCCGGAAAAGCUGCGUGUGGCGGUGUUCUCAAAGAAGUGGCCCGUCGGAGGAGCGCCGGGGGGAAUGGAGCGUCACGCUCUGACAUUACACACGGCUCUCGCCCGCAGGGGCCACGAAAUCCACGUGUACACAGUCCCCGCCGACGGGAGCAUUUCCGGCAAAAAGGAUAUGGUUCAAGGGGGCCUGCACGUCCAUUUUGUGCAGAACAAUUUGGGGCGGCUGAAUUGCUCGGCAGCGUGGGAGAACCUGGCGAGAGUCGGCCACGUGGACGUCGUUCACUCAGAGAGCGUAGCGUUGCCCCACUACAGAGCCAAGGAAGUCCCCAACCUCGCGGCCACGUGGCACGGAAUCGGGUACGAGGCUCUGCACUCGGAGCUCAUUCAGGACCUUCUCAGAAAGCCCGGGGAGAGCCGGUCGGCGGAAAUAGAGCACUCCAUGGGCGAGCGCCUCCCGAGACUUCUCGACGAGAUCAGAUUUUUCCCCAGUUAUAAACACCAUGUCCCCAUCAGCGACUACGCCGGCGAGGUCCUCCGGAACAUAUACCAGAUUCCCUCGGAAAACGUUCACAUUAUUCUCAAUGGCGUCGACGAGCACAAAUUCAGGCCGGAUCCGGCCCUGGGAGCCGCCUUCCGGGCCGAAUUCGGCGUGCCCUCCAACGCAACUCUGGUGAUGGGUGUUGCGGGAAGACUGGUUAAAGAUAAAGGGCAUCCAGUUCUUUUCCAGGCGUUUUCCGAGAUCAGAAAAGCUUACAAAGGCGUGUACUUGGUGAUUGCGGGCGCAGGUCCAUGGGAGGAGAGGUAUAAGGAGUUUGCGCCCAAUGCGGUUGUGGUGGGCGCCAUGAAUCCUGCACGCUUGGCGGCUUUUUACAAUGCGUUGGAUGUGUUUUUGAAUCCGACGCUGCGGCCUCAAGGCCUCGAUCUUACCCUUCUGGAGGCCAUGCAAUGCGGGAAGCCUCUGCUCGCCAGCCGUUUUCCCAGCAUCACCAGAAGCGUUAUUGUGAGCCCCGAUUUCGGGUACACUUUUCAUCCGAACGUGGGGUCCCUGAUAAAGGAGAUCCAGGCCGUUAUUGGCGAUGGUCCACACGAGCUCCGGAGGAAAGGGCGCAGUUGCAGAGUUUAUGCCGCCCGCAUGUUCACUGCCUCCAAGAUGGCUUCCGCUUAUGAACGCCUCUUUCUCUGCUUGAAAAAUGAGUCCUACUGUCAGUAUCCAUUGUCAUUCGAUUGCCCCGACUCAUGAUGACAAGAUGCCUGAUGACAUCUGUGCAGUAAAAAUGAGCUCUGCUCUGCGCAUAAGGUAUAGUUUAUAAACAGGCUUUUUUGGAAAACAUCCAGAUUCACCGAGGGGAGAUCAGUGAUGGGGCGUAGAUCUUUCCUAGGUGAUCGCCCUCGUCUCCUUUUUUAGGACUCUGGGUAUCUUUCCCUCACCAGAGCUGGCUUCAAAAAUUUGUAUCUACAGAUUUCUACUGAAAACUAUCUGGUCGUAUAUAUUUAAAGAUAAUUUUUAACGCAGAAAACCUAAGAUCUGCAUAGUUGGCUUUCAAAAGAUCAACGUUAAUUGUGCGUUUUAACCAGGAUUUUCAUAUUUUUGGUUUGUAUUUUUA